CCUUCCCUGGCAGACCUAAGUGGCACAUCCUGCAUUGGCCUGGGCCCCUAAACCUGGAUUUGAGGUGUCCCGCCCCCGGCUGGCCUGCGACUGUCCCCAGCUGGAUGGAGCCAUGGCUCCCACCUUCUUGCUGCUUCUGCCCCUGCUGUGGUUCCAGGGCCCUGUCUCAGGUGUCCCUGCCGAGAACGUGUACACUAAAGUGCAGCACUUUGAAGGGGAGACUCUGUCUGUGCAGUGCUCCUACAAGAGCCGCAAAAACCACGUGGAGGGCAAGGUAUGGUGCAAAAUCAGGAGGAAGAGAUGUGAGCCUGGAUUCGCCCGGGGCUGGGUGCAGGGGCCGCGCUACUUGCUGCAGGAUGAUGCCAAGGCCAAGGAGGUCAAGAUCACCAUGGCGGCCCUCAGGCGCCAGGACUCCGGCCGGUACUGGUGCAUGCGCAAUAGCUCUGGGACCCUGUACCCUCUGAUGGGCUUCCUGCUAGAAGUGUCUCCAGCCUCCACGACCAAGAGAAGCACUCCUCUUAGACAGCUGGCCAAUAUCCUCAAGAGUGGAAUUGUUGUCACAUCGGGCCCAGCCCCCACCUCAGGCCCUGAUGCCCCUUUCACCACCAGCAUGACAGUGCUCACAUCUGGCCUCCUCACCUUGACCAGAGUCGUGCCCCCCACUGCCUCGGAGUCCAUCAGACUGACCUCCAUGAUGGGCUUCAGCUUCACCGGCACUGGCCCUUCCGCCACGGGGCCCAGGAGGACCGUGGAAUCCCAGACAGUGACUGUGUCUCCCAGUGAUGCCAGAGCCUCCUCUGCUGGCCCAGCAUCCAUGUCCACCAGGGCUGGGCACCUGCACACCCGAUCGCCCACCACGGGAAGGUGUCAUACUAGCGGGGAUCUCCUCAACAAAUUAUCCCCUAUCAGGCACCAGGAUUCAUAUCCCAUUGUGCUCCUGGGGAUGCUGAUCUUCCUCCCAGUGUCUGUGAUGCUGAUCCUGGUCUAUGGGUUCUGGAAGAAGAGACACAUGGGAAGCUACAGGGUGUGCAAUGAUCCUGCUAGACCCUGGAGGGACCCACUCGGAAGACUGGAGCCUCCGUGGAAGCCUGCUUGGUCUGAGGCCACUUAACUGUGGAGUGCGUGAGCUCCUCCUGGAGGGGCCUUUGGAGGCCAGAGGAGGGUGAAGAUGGGGACCUGUCUGAACUGGAGCCAGGCUGAGGACUUGCUCAAGGCUGGACUCAGGCCUCCCCAGAACCAGAGGCUGCUCUUCACCUGCUCAGUCACCUUGAGCUGCCAGGAACCUGGGACAGCCCCCAGAAUGGGGAGUACCAGGCAGGAAACCCCAGGGGAAGCCACCGAGGGGAUUCUGCUCAGAGCCACAGAGCCCUGGGUCCCAGCUGGGUGGUGGGGAAGUCCUGAUGGUGCUGUACACAGAGAGCUCCAGGCCCCGUGGGCCUCGGAACCCCUUGCUAUGGAGCAGAGGGGAGGGAGAAGACAGGGGGACAGAGGUCCUCUCCCCAUCUGGAAUCCUGUGUCCUCAGGUUCCCUCUGCUCCCCUCAAGCUUCCCCUGGGCUUGGGGAAGAAAGAGUCCCAGAGGCAACCAGUGUGUCAAGGGCCCCGUCUUGGAGGGGAAGGAACAGCGACUAAGAGCUGGAGGUCCACAGGGGUGUUGGCAACAGGGGACUCCAGAAUGGUCCAAGUGUCCCACCCUCAGGGCCCUGCGUCCUCUGAUGGGCGUCUGGAUGUGCCCUGUCCUGACAGCAGCUGCUUGUCCCUCAAGUCCUGGGAGCCAGCAGAGCCCACCCUCCCACUGGUGCUACCCAUUGGCCGGCCCUCCCUGGAAAGCUGUGACCAGGUCGCCCAGACACUGGCAUGCAGAGGCUGCACUCGGGGCUCUCUCCCCCAGUUCCAAGCUCCAGGUCUGAGCUCCCACAGGAGACUGAGGGCCCUCGAGAAUCCGUGGCAGGGGAGGCCACGGCUCCGAGAAAGAGUAGAUCACCCACCUUCCCCCGGGACUCAUCGUCCCCUGGGAAGAGAGGAGCUACUUGUGACCCAGCAAGCACAGCUUGGAGCAGGGCACAGCCUGGAGGAACGCCUGGGUGGGGAAGAGAUGGGGAGGAUGGAGCCAAGGAGCCUCACCAGGGGUCCAAUGGCCCUAGGAGUCUGGCCUCUGCUUCACUGGCUCUUGGCUCAGACUUGGCCUCUUCCACAGUGAAGACUGGAGAAUAUGGGCUGGAUUUGUCCCCUGGAGUAGGGCCUCCACCAGCCUGGAGCAACUGAAAUAAGCACCUAAGGAUGGAUGUGACAUCUCCACUCUGCGGCCCGGGGCAGGGACCUCCCCGGUGCGAGAGCAAAUGUCACAGUCAGGAGAAUGACACAGCCCGGGCCUUGAUGGGUAGCUGGGGGGCCACUCCAGAAUGGAUGCGGGGAGAGAGGAAGGGGCAGGAGGUAAUUCUGGGGGACAGCAGGGAGGAGGCACCUCUGUCCUACGUCCAGGAGAGGGCACUAGAGGAGAGACUCAGAUUGAGGAAUGGACAAGCUUGGUGCCAGGACACACACACACACACACACACACACACACACACACACACACGCAAUGAAAUCCAUCCUCCUUAGCAGGAGGGUGUGGCCACAACCUUGGUGUCUAACUGGGGUGGGGGCGGGGGGCGGUGCUUAACUUCCCUGGGGGAAAAUAGCUCCCAAAGAGCCCCACUCCACUCGAGAUCCUACAACAGCACGCUGACAGCCCUGCCUCGUCUGAGAACAGGAUGUCCUGUGGGAGAGCCGCAGAGGACUCAGGACUGGGAUUCAGUGAGGCCACCUGUCACUGUGUAACUGUGUGCGAGUCACUAACCCUAUCGGGUCUCAUUUUCCUCUCUUGUGAAAGGGGACACUAACUCCUACCUCUCAAGACUGCUUUCAGGAUAAAAUGGAGCGACCUGAACCUCACACAAUUGAG